CUAAGUAGGUAUGUAAAGAAAUGAUACAAAAAAGUGGAGUGUAUUGCACACAAUUAAAAAAGUAAUCCCGAGAAAAAAAGUCCAAUUUUUUUUCCGUAUAUAUUGAAAUUCAUCUCGUAUCCUAUAUUCACACCUUCUAGCUCAAUCAUGGCCGGAGAAAACCCACCAAUGAUAGCACUCAAUCCCAACGGUUCUUACACUCGCAAUAUAUCCUUCCCAUCAUCCCUUCCCACACCAGAUAAAGAUUCCGACACUCCAGUGCUCAGCAAAGAUGUAGUCAUCAACAACAUUAACAAAACCAGUGUUCGAAUUCACAUCCCGAAAGAAACUGCAAUCUCCAUGGAAACUCCUUUAAAAAACCUCCCUCUCAUCGUUUACUUUCACGGUGGAGGCUUUGUUCUCAUGAGUGCAGCUUCAACCAUCGUACAUGAUUUCUGUGACCAUCUGGCGGCCGAACUCCCUGCUGUGGUGGUGUCAGUUGACUACCGCCUAGCCCCAGAAAACCGCCUCCCAGCAGCCUACGACGAUGCUUUGGAGGUUUUGCUUUGGAUCAAAUCGUCCCAAGAUCCAUGGUUGAUAAAUUACGCUGACGUGUCGAGUUGUUACAUGAUGGGCACCAGUGCUGGUGCAAACAUAGCAUACCAUGCAGGUGUACGUGUAUCCCAACGACUUCACGAGCUCGAAUCAUUGAAAAUCAAAGGAUUAAUCUUGCACCAUGUGUACUUCGGAGGGGAGGAGCGGACGCUGUCGGAGAUACAGCUGGCAGAAGCCGGACAGUUGACUCUAGCAACUUGUGAUUUCAUGUGGGGUUUGUCGCUGCCAGUUGAUGCAAUUAGCCGUGAGCAUGAGUAUUGCAACCCGAUGGCGGGUGGUGGUCUGGAUGAUAUAAGUCGGAUCAAGGAGGUGGGUUGGAGGGUGAUGGUGACUGGUUGUUCUGGUGAUUUGUUAAUUGAUCGUCAAAGGGAGUUUGCAAAGACUUUAGAGUUGAAGGGUGUGGAGAAUACGUGUUUGUUUGAAGAAGGUGGUGACCAUGGGAUUGAAUAUUUUGACAAAUCGAAAGCCAAAGAUUUGUUUAAGUGGAUCUCAAGUGUCAUGUCAACUAAUGAGACCAAGUGAGUUCCUGCUAGAAGAAGAAAGUUGACGUCAUCAGAAAUAAAUCGAUGCAAGUUGUUUGGAUUCCUAAAAUUAAGUGUAAUUGGUAAUCUUUUAUAUUUUGUAGGCUUAAAAUCUGUAGGUCGUAGGUGUUGUAUAUGUCGUUCACUACUAGAAAACUACUAUAAUAGACCCAAUUUAUUAUUGUAGCAAAUAAAUAUAUGGUUCUUAAGUAACUAUAAGAUUUACACUUCACACUUCACAAUUAUUUAUGAUUUUUGUGAUUUACAAUCCAAUCAAAAUUAGU